CAGAGCGGCUCCGGCACGGGUCGGUACUGCUUGUCCCCUUCGGAGUGCAGAGGCCGGGACACUCCAAAGAGCCCCCGGGGGCCCUCCGAGCCUUACCGAGAGGCAGAACCUCCCCCAGUUCUUCCUCUGCGGCAGUUUCUGUUGCUAUGGAGACUACUAAUGGUACCGAGACCUGGUAUGAAAGCCUGUACUCCGUGCUGAAGGUUCUGAACACCACUCUUCACACCCACGUGCUCUGCCAGCCGGGACCAGAACCAGGUUCAGGACCGGGGCCAGACAACCACAAUGGGGAGCUGCGGGCUAGCCUCCCUGGACGUAAUGAUAACUCGUACAUGUAUAUUCUCUUCGUCAUGGUCCUGUUUGCGGUCACCGUGGGCAGCCUUAUCCUGGGAUACACUCGGUCCCGCAAAGUGGACAAGCGUAGUGACCCCUACCACGUGUACAUCAAGAACCGUGUGUCUAUGAUCUGACGUUGGGAGCCCAAGGGUGGUGGAAGAGAACCCGAGUAUUGUCUUGUUGGGCCUUCAGAACUCAACUGUGAACCACUUCAGCCCGCAGGGUCUCUAUCUGUAAGAUCAACAAAAUCAACAAAGCCGGGUGUGAUGGUGCACGCCUUUAAUCCCAGCACUGGGGAGGCAGAGGUAGGAGGAUCGCUUUAAAUUCAAGGCAGCCUGAGACUGCAGAGUGAAUUCCAAGUCAGCCUGGGCUAGAGUGAGACCCUACCUUGAAAAACAAAAACAAAACAAAUGAACAAAAAGAUCAACAAGAAACUGCUAAUGGAGGUCAUCACUGGGGCAGGAGAGGAGAGGCUGGACAAAACUUCUUCCAGGCAAAGACAGACAUCAGAAACGGUGGGAGCCCACAAACAAACAUACAGAAACAUGACAGGAUACUGACCCCUAGCAAGUAGUGGCAGCAGAAGGAGGGUCUUUUGGAGACACAUCUGUAGUUUUUAAAUGCCUGACCUUCAUGAACCAUGAAAAACAGUGAUGCAAUCUGAGUGAUGUUACAUAUUUGUAUAAACUCACAUGCUAUUUUUCAACACACUUAACGCCUGGGACUUUUGCCUUCCCUGUAAAGAAGGCAGAGCAAGCGUCGUGAUUGGAACCUAGAACUCUGCCUCAGACUUUUUGGGCCUAAAAGAACCUGAGGCUGGGUACGAUGGUGCAUGUGUGCGAUGCUGAAAGGGGAGGGUCGCUUGGAUACAACAGCUCAAAAUCAGCCUGGACUACACAGCAACCACAUUUUGGAGAAAAGGAGGAAACAUAAUUACUCAAAAACAUCUUACUUUUGUCAUUGUUACCAAAACAUGUAUCGGUGUGUUGAUAUGUGGCUGGAGCCUCUAAGAAGGAGCCUGAGCAAGUGCAGGACCUUAAAUGUCACACAUCAUCAGUUCCAUGUCCACGUGCCUUUUGAACCCUGUCACAGCACCCGUCCCAAUCUGCAGUCAUGGGGACGCCGUUACCUGUGAUGUUGCUGCUUCUGCUUUGAUUGAAUUCUGUGAGAAAUUUCCUAAUAGCAAGUUGAAACCUGUGUCUUGAAA